AUGCGCACAUCUGUUCUGGUUGCCGCCUCGGCCGGCACUAUCUUCGCCGGUUUGCUCGCCUAUGCCGCAUACUUCGAUCACAAGCGCCAGACCGACGCCGAGUUCCGCAAGUCCCUGAAGCGCAACAACAAGCGCCUCGCCAAGGCCGUGAAGGAGGAGGUUGAGGCCCAGGGUGCUCAGCAGCGCGAAGUGAUCAAGCAGGCCGUGCAGCGCGCCAAGGAGGAGGGCUUCCCCACCGAUCUCGAGGAGAAGGAGUCCUACUUCAUGACCCAGGUUGCCACUGGUGAAGGACUGUGCCAGGAUGGUGACAGCCAGAUCGAGGCGGCUAUCGCCUUCUACAAGGCCCUCAAGGUCUACCCUCAGCCCAAGGACUUGAUCUCCAUCUACGACAAGACCGUCCCCAAGGAGGUCCUGGAGAUCUUGGCUGAGAUGGUCGCCAUGGAUGCCGGUCUCAAGCUCGGCUCUUUCACUGGCGAGAGCUCUGACAACCACGGUGUCGAGUAA